CAACAAAAUGUCUAAAUCUUUUUUUCCCAAUUCAAAACCUUAUAACUUAUAAGGAUGAUUUAACUGCAACAUAAUGGUGCAUUUUAAUUUCAGAUAUAUGUAAAUUGUUUUUUUUUAGUGGAGUUAUGAAUAUUUGAUAUUAUUGAGACAUAUUUGCAUUUCAAAUUGAAGCUUUCAAAGAAACUGAAACCUCGUUAUUGCAUGCUGCAGGGUGGACCUUAGAGGAAAUGUUUAAAUACCUCUGAUUGAGUUAAAGGAGAUCAUUUUCAUGUAACACUUUUGUAAUGAUAAUAUCAAAGCUCGAAUAAUGAGAGAUGGAUUGAAAUCUGCCUCUUGUCAGCGUUUACGACGAGAUGCACUCGUGUGAUUAGAUGUCCCGGGAUCGAUGCUGCCCCUUCUCCCUAUCAUUAAGACUGCUCUUAACAGAUUACAGCCCCCUCCCAAACCCGCAGUCCCGUAUCCCACUGCUCCUCCUCCCAGAUCACAAACCCUUUCUUUCUGCAGACAGAACACUGCACUCUCCUUUCUGCUCUCCAUUCUUUUAGUUUUGUUUUUUUUCUUCCCACCUCCUGAGGUCCAGGUGUGUGUUUUUUUGGUUUUACUUCAAUACAUUUGGUGUUCUGGUUGAAGAUCGGACAGAAAUGAAAAAGAACAAAUUAAAACAGAAGCUGGGGCGCUAAAUAAUAGGUGGAAACCAAAGAUGGACCUCCUCAUCUUUCUGUUUCUUCACCUUUUUUGCUUUGAUCCAUCAGCAGGUAAAAGCCUCAUCACAGCUGACAUAUUUGAAGCCAGAGGUCAGCGUGUGUGCAGGGCCGGAAAAGGGAAGCCGUGUUACAAGCUGGCCUAUUUCUCGGAGCUCCGCUGGAAGCUAAACUUUGUGGAGGCAGAUCUGGCCUGCAAACGGGAUGGAGGCCAGCUGCUCAGCGUGGAAUCGGAGUCUGAGCAGAAGAUCAUUGAGCAGCUCAUCACCGAGCUCCGCCCAACAGAUGGAGACUUCUGGAUCGGUCUUAGACGCAAUGAUGCUUUGGAGGACAACAUUCCAGACUGCCCCUCGCAGUACUACUGGCUGGACGGAAGCAGGUCCACAUUCAGGAACUGGCACUUUGAUGAGCCGUCGUGUGGCUCAGAGGUGUGUGUGGUCUUGUAUCACCAACCGUCUGCUCCGCCUGGCCUCGGAGGACCCUACAUGUUUCAGUGGAAUGACGACAACUGCGAGACAAAAAACAACUUCAUCUGCAAAUACACUGCAGAGAGAUCGCGGGUACCUGCUCUAUCCCCCAACGCCACGCUGACAGAUGCUCUUCCUUCACCGGAGCUCCCGGAAGAACCAAAUUAUCCGAGUCAGAACAGAACAGCCAUGAAUCUGGUUUACGUCAUCAUUCCCACCAUCCCACUGUUAUUGCUGUUGCUGACGGUAAUGGGAGUCUGCUGCUUCAAGAUGCUGAUCACCCGCAGAAGGAAACAGAAGAAACCAGAAGUGGGUCAUACCGACUCGGGGCCUGGCACCAGCCCAACCUCAACUGACGUCUACAACAUUAUUCGCUCCCAGAAAGAUGACGACCUACUUUCCACUCGUCCGCAGACAAAGAACACUUCGUUUUUGUGCUCCUCCCCUGACACGCCAACGGGUGACUACGACAACCUUGGGGGCAGGGACACUGAGAGCGGUUUUGUGACCCUUGCGAGUACGGAAAGCUGCUUGCUGACCUUUGACUUGAACGAGCACAGCCUUGGGCGGCGAGGUCCCCACGACUAUAACAACAGGAGCUUGGGCCGCCUGGGUAAAAGAGACCUGAACGACAGCAGUUUAAGUCGCCUUGGUAACCGAGAGUUUUACGACCGAAGUCUGGGUCGGCGCACAACAAAAAGCGAGCACUACAGCCACGGCAGUAUGUUCGGGGAGAACGGACUGUACAACGGCACCGUCAGAGCAGCAAGUGAACUUGAUGAGCUCAGGCCUGGAAGUCACACAGGAAAAUUUGACUUGUACCAGACGUACGUCUCCAAUGGGAAGCACGAGACUUUCCAAACCAGCCUGGGAACGUACGGAAAUCGGAAAUCCUUCCACACAAAUCUGGAUUGCUACAGGAACAGAGGGAACCUGGACAGUGGACACGGAGGCUUCACAGACCACGAGUGGAUCGUCAGAGGACACUACUGAUCUGCAGAGGAGAAAGGACUCUAAGGACAACUACUAAACUUGGCAAAUGCUCGUCUAGGAUGUGGGGUCGAUAUUAGGUGCAGAAAUGGUACAACAAGAUUGUGUCCUACUUAGUGCACCAUAAAGUGUGCUCGUGAUUUUGUUGUGCCGUCUGAAUCUACAACUGUAAAAUCCAGUGUGCCCUGGAAAUUUUCCAGAAGACUGUGAAACACUAGUGUGCACCGAUGCUCACUAAAUUGGCAAAUAUACUACUUGCUCUGCAACCUUACAUAUGACUGCAUUGCAUUGUGUUUGAACAUUUUUGUUUGUGAAAAAAUGCAUUUAAAUUAUUUUUUAUAAAGCAUCCAAGUUUUCAUUAUCAGUUUACAGUGGAUUCAUAAAAAGUCUUCAGGAUGUGCCCAAAUUGGUUUUAUAAUCCAGGGCACUAGAUAGUCCUGCACUAUAUGUUUUUAAGUAGUUAGAAGUGGGAAGGAAGUUUGGACCAAGAGUUUGGUUGAACGUUAAACGCCUGCAUGAAUAUGUGGCAGCUUGUUUUCUUUGUUUUCUCAGAAGCAAUCAUUGACUGUGUGUAAGAAUUUAAAGAAUUUAAAUUAAGCAAUUUAGUCACCAUUGGCAAUACGUACCCUGCCAUAUUGGAAAACAGACAUUGUUAGUAAGUAGCGAUUGGUCCGAGUCAGUUUAAGUCAGUUUGAGUCUCACCCUAAAGAGUGACAUGCAUUUGUAUGGUUUGGAUUUCUGAGAUGAUAUGGUGUGUAUGUGAGCACUGACAAAAAGAGUUUCAGCAGCAACCGCUGUUUUAGGAUUCUUCUUCUGUAUGUCACAUGUGUAAUAAAAGUCGUAUUUUCAGGGUCCCAAAAGUAUUUUUUACAGGUGUGUUUUUGCCUCUUCCAGGACAACAGGGGAUUGGAUGGAGCACCACAGGUGAUCUCACCUUGAUCAGUGUCAGAGGGGGUUAAGAGGAGAUUAGAUAAAGAAAAUGAGAGUGCAGUGAACUCUGUAACCUGCUCAUUGACAAGCUUAGCAUCAGGUUUAUGCAGAAAGGAUUAAUGCAUGAAAUAAAAGAAAAAUAUUGUGUCUUUGGUUUGGAUCAGUUGUAAUCUUUAUUUUGACAUCACGGUUGUCCCUUUGCAUGUUAGCAGCCAGGCCUCUAGAUUCAAACAUGUACAUGGUGUGGUCCAUGUUUGAAAUGCCAAGUCCUCGUUCAAAAAAUUUAAAAAAAAAACACAAAAAAGGCCACUAAAGCUGAAUAUUCUGAACAGCUAUUGAAGGAUCUCAUGCAUCCUUAUAGCCUGUUUGCCCGGCUUUGUUAUGUUGUCCUUGCCUGGUCAAGUAUUUUGAGCCUUCUGGCUCCCUGUAGUGACAAUGUUUUACGGUACUGAAGUUCACAAAAAAGGAGAAAUGUCCACCCAGCGAACCCACUUUGCAUUUUGAAAGUCCUUUUAAUUGAUGUGUACUGAAAUGUAUGUUUUUUCUCCUGUAAUAUAGCUUCUAUAGCUGUUCCAGUCUAAGUGCCUGCACCCCGAAUAUACAUGACGGCAUGAAUGUGCAGAGAAUGAUCUUACAGAUAUGCAUCAACAGUAUUUAUCAUGUCUUGGCAUCUCUCCUGCAUCUAAGAUUUGUUUGGUUGUAUAUUUCUCACAGUUCUUCCAAUAAAAAUGAUCAGAAUUGAAGCCAACGACAAUCCCCCUCACGGCUCUUCUUUCCCAAUAAACAGCUGUGGUCGUUCA